AUGUGCACACAGCUAAACAUCCAUAGAAAACUCCAGGAUGUGCACACAGCUAAACAUCCAUGGGAACAGGUCGCAUCUCCAGGGUUCCCCCAGAACUUCAUAUACAGCCACGCUGCACGACCACCACACCAGCGAAGUCAAUCGCCGAUGCUCACAUUCUCAACUGCAACAUUAAGUAAAAACAUUACUGACAUUCAAAGAAAAGAUGCACACGUAUCUGGGCACCACUCUCCUUUCCAGGGAACCAUAUAUUGGGCAGCAGCCUGUGUUGCUCAACUUCAUUUUGUGUCAACCGUUCGGCCGUCCUUCUUUUUUACUACAAGUACUGGGCUUGAAUAA